AUGAAGAGCGCGAACCGACCGACUUCUGCGAAUUACAAUCCCCGAGAGAUCGCAAGGAGACUGGAGCACACGCUGUACAUGGGAGCACCGUCGAAACAGGAGUACAGCAAUGUGCAGACGCUGAAGGCGCGACUGCAGCAGGCGUUGGAUAACUCGAGGAGGAGGCAAAUGCAGCAACAGCAGGCGCGAUUACAACAGCAACAGCUUCAAGCGUCGGGGGCAGGUGCCGAUGCCGCGCAGCAGCAAGCCCAAGCUCAGCUUCUACAGCAGCGGCAACUCGCAAUCCUUCAGCGACAACAACAGCAGCAAAUGGCUGCGGCGCUGCACAACCAACGGGCCAAUUUCCAGGCUGUUCCGUUCCCUGGAGCGUCAAGUGCAAUGAACCAGCAGCCUUCCAUUAGUCAGCCGCUGCAGAUGCCAGUGGACAUGUCACAAAUGGCAGUGAAGACCCCUGGAUCUAUCGCAGCGGUGACUGCGGUAGCAGGCACCUCAAUUCUCGAUGAGUUGGAGCGUGAGGCCGAUGAAAUGGCCAAUGGAGUGAAUGACCAGCCGUUGUCCAUGCCGGAGACCGAGCUACAAGCUGCGACGACGCCCACGGGGACAGUAAACCCCAGUGCUGCCAAUUUUGUGAACGUGACGCCCCCAACGGCGUCGCCAACGGUGGUCGGUAGUGCCGGGACAGGAUCGUUCAACGCGAUUCCAUUGAGUAUGCCGACUGACAUCGGUGUUACAGCCUCGUCUGGAGGCCUGGUUCAGCCAACACCUUCAAUGAUCAGCGCUGCUUCGGCGGCUGCGACGGGAACCAACAUGUACCACGGAAUGAACCUGACAGGCCCACAGAUUCAACAGAUCCAGCAGAUUCAGCAAAUGCAGCAGCUCAGACGGAUGCAGCAGCUUCAGCAGAUCCAACAGCAGCAGUUAAACGGCAAAGUCAGCGCUGCUCAACUGCAGACUGGUGCGCCUGUCGUGACGACUCCGACGUCUGCGAACGCGAACGGUGCGAGUCCAGGAAUGAUCCCGAUGAACGACGUGUCUAUCGCUCAGAAGCGGGAGGAGCUUAAACGGCGUCUGAUCCAGCUCAAGCACGCGCGGACAUGCACGAGUGGAGAAUGCGCGAUCGACUACUGCAGUCGCACAAAGGCGCUGCUGUCCCACGUGUCGCGAUGUGCCAAUGCGCAGUGUACGACACUCGGCUGCAAGUCGACACGACAGCUGCUGUCGCACUUCCGCAAGUGCCGCAAUCUGCAGUGUGACGUGUGUAGCGCUAUUCGACCUCCGAUGAACGAGAACGAGCAGCAGUUGGUGCUUCGACGGCAGCAGGAGCGGCUGUGUAUGCUACGUCAUGCCAGCACGUGUACAGCGCAGCAGUGUAUCCUCCCGUGUUGCGCCGGCAUGAAAGUUCUGUGGAAACACAUCUGCGAGUGCCACCAACGUCAAUGCCGAACGGACCACUGCAUCUCGUCCCGUUACGUGCUUUCGCACUUCAAGCAGUGCAACAAGAUGAUUUGUGAGGUGUGCGGUCCUGUGCGCAAGGCCAUCAAGGUGGUUGACUCCUGCAGAGGAAACUUUACGCAGCUCCAGCUAGCAGCGAGCCAAUGUCCGGAAGGUGUGCGUGGCCUCAUCAAGAUUAUGAACACGACCACAGCUGCAGACUGA